AUGGAGGGGCACAGCGAGCAAUUGUCGGCGCCGCCAAUCACUGGCAACGCUGAGAUUGUGGAGAUAAUAGUGGACGACAACAGCAUCCUCCAUGCGCCACCGCCGUCCCCGCCGCGAGAAGUGCAAACUCCCGCUGUGACCAAGCGGCCGGCAGUGAUGGGGGGUUGGAAGACUGUACACUUUAUAUUAGCAAUUGAAGUGCUGGAGAGGAUGGCAACUACUAGCAUCCAAGCCAAUGUGACGUUCUACUUGAAGCGGCAGUACCAUCUUCCCAACACCACAGUAGCUAUCAUUGUCUUCAUGUGGAACGCUCUGUCCCACUUCAACUCCAUAUUCGCCGGCGUCGCCGCCCGAUUCUACGGCCCAUUUUGGGUGAUCGUCGUCAGCACUACCGUGUCCUUCUUGGGCUUUGCAGUGUUGGCGAGUACCCAUUUGUUCGACAGUUUGCGACCACCAGCUGACUGCCAAGAAAUGCGCAGCGGCCUCUGCAAGGAACCGAAACCGUGGCAGCUACUCCUUCUCUCAGCCUCAUUCCUCCUCAUAUCAACUGGAACCGGCGGGAUCAGGUGUUGCACUCAAGAAUUUGCAGCUAAACAGCUAGACCACAACGACUCCUCGCCAAUGUCGUCCUUUGAAACAUACUACGCUUGGUGCCGACUCCCCUUUUCAGCCAUUGUGGUUUUAUUUGUGCUCCUCCUCUCUGUGGCGGCCUCGCUCAACUGGGACUUCCUUUUGCUGCCCGUCACAGCCGUCAUGUUGCUUGCAAUCCUGAUUCUCUGGAGUCGGUCCAACCGCUACGUCAAGCCACCACCACGGCAAGCGGGCUCCAUGAUCUGCCGCGGGAAGCUCAUCAACACUUCAAUGUGGAAAGUGAUGAUCCCUACUUGGUCCACGGGGAUCUUCCUCGCGGUUACCAACGCUCCUGGUCCGUUCCCCGCCCUCCAGGCCAACGAAAUGCAUCGGGGUUCGAUUAUUGGCUAUCUGCAAUGGCCCACGUCAGCCUACGCAAUGUUUGCCAUGGUCGUCAGCAGCUUGUGGGUUGAACUCUACCCACGCGCUCUCAUUCCGAUGCUCAAGAAGUUAUUACCGGAUCGUGCAUCGAACGGGGUCCCAUCCCGUUAUCGGAUUGGGAUCGGACUAGGAUUGUCAUGUGCAGCCAAUGUGGUUGGAGGAGUGGUGGAGAACCAAAGACGAAAGAAGAGCAUAGCAAUGCGGACCAUGCCAGCGACGUGGUUGAUCCCCCAGUUUUGCCUAGUAGGAUUGGCAGAAGCCUUCAACCACCAGGGCCAACUCGACUUUUACAAGUAUGAGUGUGAGCUGCCCUCGGGUGAUGGUAGGACCCUUUUGGCGCUGGGACAAGCGCUUGGGAGCUUGAUGGCCAGUGGCAUUAUCCCUGUGGUGAAGAAACUGAGUCUUGAUGGGUCCACCAAUGCUAGCUGGCUUAGCGAUGUGUUGGACGUAGGCCACUACGACUAUCACUACUGCGUUCUUGCCAUCCUUGCCCUAGCUAACUUCGCGUCUUACUUGAUAAUUACUAAUUGGGCCUGUGUGCGCAACAAGGUGGUGGGAGUAGUUGCGAAGAGAAUAGAGGCCAUCACCCUCAACAAUGACAAUGAGAUCGAGCAAUUGGAUGACUGUGGAGUUGAAGCUGAAGUUGCCCCACCAGAACAGGAAGACGAGGCCGUUUAUACAAAUAAUGAGGAUUCGAUUGCUCCUUCGGAGGGUGACACAGCAACCAAGAUUGAAGAUGAAAAGCAAGACAUCUCUUUACCAGAGACCACUAAUAAUGUCACGGAUGAGGUAAGAGAUGAAGAGAGUUGUUGA